CUAACUUCCCAAUCCCAACCCUCUUUGACAUCUCAUUAGCUUGGUAGACCCAAUUGCUAUAGUUUGCUACACUUUCCUUUUCUCUAUAUGUAUUGCUCCAUCUUCUUAGCUGUAAACUCCAUAAUCCAUAUAUCAAUCUCCAAACAUACCCACCACUUUGUUUUCCUAGAAUCGUGUUACCUUAACAUAGCACAAAUUUUUUAAAUAUUUUUUUUUUAAAAAAAUUUAGCCACUAAUAUUAUCAUAUAAGCCAUAAUCAAUGCCAUCUAUUCAUUCUAGUCCAUGCUACCCAAUGGAAAAUCCAGCAAUAGCAUCACUACUCCGCCACACAACGGGCGAAAAGCGGAGCAAAUUCUCGGCCGGUGGACUCUUAAAGAUGUUCAAGCUCUUCCCUAUGUUAACCUCAGGUUGCAAAAUGGUAGCACUAUUAGGAAGACCAAGAAAGCCUAUGCUAAAAGACGGUGCGACAACCGGAACAAUCUUCGGUUAUCGGAAAGGUAGAGUAAGCAUAGCAAUACAAGAAGAUACUCGACAAAUGCCGGUUUUUCUCAUAGAAUUACCAAUGCUAACAAGUGCUUUAAACAAAGAAAUGUCAUCGGAUAUCGUUAGAAUCGCGUUGGAGAGCGAGACGAAAACAAAUAAGAAGAAAUUGUUGGAAGAGUUUGUUUGGGCUGUUUAUUGUAAUGGAAGAAAAGUUGGGUAUUCAAUGAGGAGAAGACAAAUGGGUGAUGAAGAACUUCAAGUUAUGCAACAUUUAAGAGGUGUGUCCAUGGGAGCUGGGGUGUUACCUACCACAUCUGAUCAUAAGGAUUAUUCUGAUGGUGAAAUGACUUAUAUGAGAGCAAGGUUUGAAAGAGUUAUUGGUUCUAAAGAUUCUGAAGCUUAUUAUAUGAUUAAUCCUGAUAAUAAUAUUAAUAAUGGUGCUCAAGGACCUGAGUUUAGUAUCUUUUUUGUUAGAGCUCAAUAGAAUUAUUGUAUUAUAUAUCUUAAUUGAUGUUUAUAUAUCAUUGCUUUCUAAUUAAGCUCUAGCUUUUUUGAAAAGUGUUAUUAAUUAAAUGAAUAAUCUUAUCAAUCUUUCAACUCCUAAA